UUCGCGAGGACCGACGCGGGGCAGUCUGACGGCAGCCCUCCUGGGAGGUGCCCGCGCGCGUCGGAGCCGCUCCCAGUCCUCCGCAGCAGUCACCGCCGGCCGUCGCCGCGCCCCGGCCUCCAGCCCUCGCGCUCUCCCGCCCGCCGCCCACCUCCCGCCUCGAUGCGGAGCCGGGCUGCUGCGUGAUGGGGCUGCGGAGCGGCGCCCUGCGGCUCGCGGCGGCCGCUGCUCGCGCUGAGGUGCGAAGGUGCCCGGCCCCACGCGCCCCCGCGCGCCGCGGCUCCUGUUGACCCGGUCUGCCCGUCGGUCCGCACCGCGGCUGAGGAAACUUGGAUAUAACUUCAAAAGAAGAUUUGAUUCUUUAUUUCUGGACUGCAUACAUAUAACAAGGCCAUUAAAAUGUCGGGAGCCUCAGUGAAGGUGGCUGUCCGGGUAAGGCCCUUCAAUUCUCGAGAGACCAGCAAGGAAUCCAAAUGCAUCAUUCAGAUGCAAGGCAACUCGACCAGUAUUAUUAACCCAAAGAAUCCAAAGGAAGCUCCAAAGUCCUUCAGCUUCGACUAUUCCUACUGGUCUCAUACCUCACCUGAAGAUCCCUGCUUUGCAUCUCAAAACCGUGUGUACAAUGACAUUGGAAAGGAAAUGCUCUUACAUGCCUUUGAGGGAUAUAAUGUUUGUAUUUUUGCCUAUGGGCAGACUGGUGCUGGAAAAUCUUAUACAAUGAUGGGUAAACAAGAAGAAAGCCAGGCUGGCAUCAUUCCACAGUUAUGUGAAGAACUAUUUGAAAAAAUUAAUGACAACUGUAAUGAAGAAAUGUCUUACUCUGUAGAGGUGAGCUACAUGGAAAUUUACUGUGAAAGAGUACGAGAUUUGCUGAAUCCAAAAAACAAGGGUAAUUUGCGUGUGCGUGAACACCCACUUCUUGGGCCCUAUGUGGAGGAUCUGUCCAAGUUGGCAGUUACUUCCUACACAGACAUUGCUGACCUCAUGGAUGCUGGGAACAAAGCCAGGACAGUGGCAGCUACGAACAUGAAUGAAACAAGUAGCCGUUCCCACGCUGUGUUUACGAUCGUUUUCACCCAGAAGAAACAUGAUAAUGAGACCAACCUUUCCACUGAGAAGGUCAGUAAAAUAAGCUUGGUGGAUCUAGCAGGAAGUGAACGAGCUGAUUCAACUGGUGCCAAAGGAACUCGAUUAAAGGAAGGAGCAAAUAUUAAUAAGUCUCUUACAACUUUGGGCAAAGUUAUUUCAGCCUUGGCCGAGGUGGAUAACUGCACUAGCAAGAGUAAAAAGAAGAAGAAAACGGAUUUUAUUCCCUACAGGGAUUCUGUACUUACUUGGCUCCUUCGAGAAAAUCUAGGUGGCAAUUCUCGUACUGCAAUGGUUGCUGCUCUGAGCCCUGCAGAUAUCAACUACGAUGAGACUUUGAGCACUCUGAGAUAUGCAGAUCGUGCAAAACAAAUUAAAUGUAAUGCUGUUAUCAAUGAGGACCCCAAUGCCAAACUAGUUCGUGAAUUAAAGGAGGAGGUGACACGGCUGAAGGACCUUCUUCGUGCUCAGGGCCUGGGAGAUAUUAUUGAUAUUGAUCCAUUGAUCGAUGAUUACUCUGGAAGUGGAAGCAAAUAUCUGAAAGAUUUUCAGAACAAUAAGCAUAGGUACUUGCUAGCCUCUGAGAAUCAACGCCCUGGCCAUUUUUCCACAGCAUCCAUGGGGUCCCUCACUUCAUCCCCAUCUUCCUGCUCACUCAGUAGUCAGGUGGGCUUGACGUCUGUGACCAGUAUUCAAGAGAGGAUCAUGUCUACACCUGGAGGAGAGGAAGCUAUUGAACGUCUAAAGGAAUCAGAGAAAAUCAUUGCUGAGUUGAAUGAAACCUGGGAAGAGAAGCUUCGUAAAACAGAGGCCAUCAGAAUGGAGAGAGAGGCUUUGUUGGCUGAGAUGGGAGUUGCCAUUCGGGAAGAUGGAGGAACACUAGGGGUUUUCUCACCUAAAAAGACCCCACAUCUUGUUAACCUCAAUGAAGACCCACUAAUGUCUGAGUGCCUGCUUUAUUACAUCAAAGAUGGAAUUACAAGGGUUGGCCAGGCAGAUGCUGAGCGGCGCCAGGACAUAGUGCUAAGCGGAGCUCACAUUAAAGAAGAGCAUUGUAUCUUCCGGAGUGAGAGAAGCAACAGCGGUGAAGUUAUCGUGACCCUAGAGCCCUGUGAGCGUUCAGAAACCUACGUAAAUGGCAAGAGAGUGUCCCAGCCUGUUCAGCUGCGCUCAGGAAACCGUAUCAUCAUGGGUAAAAACCAUGUUUUCCGUUUUAACCACCCGGAACAAGCACGAGCUGAACGAGAGAAGACUCCUUCUGCUGAGACCCCCUCUGAGCCUGUGGACUGGACAUUUGCCCAGAGAGAGCUUCUGGAAAAACAAGGAAUUGAUAUGAAACAAGAGAUGGAGAAAAGGCUACAGGAAAUGGAGAUCUUAUACAAAAAGGAGAAGGAAGAAGCAGAUCUUCUUUUGGAGCAGCAGAGACUGGACUAUGAGAGUAAAUUGCAGGCCUUGCAGAAGCAGGUUGAAACCCGAUCCCUAGCGGCAGAAACAACUGAAGAGGAGGAAGAGGAGGAGGAAGAAGUUUCUUGGACACAGCAUGAAUUUGAGUUGGCUCAAUGGGCCUUCCGGAAAUGGAAGUCUCACCAGUUUACUUCAUUACGGGACUUACUCUGGGGCAAUGCUGUGUACCUAAAGGAGGCCAAUGCCAUCAGCGUGGAACUGAAAAAGAAGGUGCAGUUUCAGUUUGUUCUGCUGACUGACACACUGUACUCCCCUUUGCCUCCUGAAUUACUUCCUACUGAGAUGGAAAAAACUCAUGAGGACAGGCCUUUCCCUCGCACAGUGGUAGCAGUAGAAGUUCAGGAUUUGAAGAAUGGAGCAACACACUAUUGGUCUUUGGAGAAACUCAAGCAGAGGCUGGAUUUGAUGCGAGAGAUGUAUGAUAGGGCAGGGGAGAUGGCCUCCGGUGCCCAAGACGAAAGCGAGACCACUGUGACUGGCAGCGAUCCCUUCUAUGAUCGGUUCCACUGGUUCAAACUUGUGGGGAGCUCCCCCAUUUUCCACGGCUGUGUGAAUGAGCGCCUUGCCGACCGCACACCCUCCCCCACUUUUUCCACGGCCGAUUCCGACAUCACUGAGCUGGCUGACGAGCAGCAAGAUGAGAUGGAGGAUUUUGAUGAUGAGGCAUUCGUGGAUGACGCCGGCUCUGACGCAGGGACGGAGGAGGGAUCAGAUCUCUUCAGUGAUGGGCAUGACCCGUUUUACGACCGAUCCCCUUGGUUCAUUUUAGUGGGAAGGGCAUUUGUUUACCUGAGCAAUCUGCUGUAUCCCGUGCCCCUGAUCCACAGGGUGGCCAUUGUCAGUGAGAAGGGUGAAGUGCGCGGAUUUCUGCGUGUGGCUGUACAGGCCAUCGCAGCGGAUGAAGAAGCUCCUGAUUAUGGUUCUGGAAUUCGACAGUCAGGAACAGCUAAAAUAUCUUUUGAUAAUGAAUACUUUAAUCAGAGUGACUUUUCAUCUGUUGCAAUGACUCGUUCUGGUCUAUCCUUGGAGGAGUUGAGGAUUGUGGAAGGACAGGGUCAGAGUUCUGAGGUUAUCAGUCCUCCAGAAGAAGUCAAUCGAAUGAAUGACCUGGAUUUGAAGUCAAGCACUUUGCUGGAUGGUAAGAUGGUAAUGGAAGGGUUUUCUGAAGAGAUUGGCAACCACCUGAAACUGGGCAGUGCCUUCACUUUCCGAGUAACAGUGUUGCAGGCCAGUGGAAUUCUCCCAGAGUAUGCAGAUAUCUUCUGUCAGUUCAACUUUUUGCAUCGCCAUGAUGAAGCAUUCUCCACAGAGCCCCUCAAAAACAAUGGCAGAGGAAGUCCCCUGGGCUUCUAUCAUGUGCAAAAUAUCGCAGUGGAGGUCACUGAAUCAUUUGUGGAUUAUAUCAAAACCAAGCCUAUUGUAUUUGAAGUCUUUGGGCAUUAUCAGCAGCACCCACUUCAUCUGCAAGGACAGGAGCUUAACAGUCCGCCUCAGCCGUGCCGCCGAUUCUUUCCUCCACCCAUGCCGCUGUCUAAGCCAGUUCCCAGCUGCCAGAGUGAGAGGGUACCCAAACGAGAUGUUCCAGCCACCAAGUUAAACACCAUGAGCAAAACCAGCCUUGGCCAGAGCAUGAGCAAGUAUGACCUCCUGGUUUGGUUUGAGAUCAGUGAACUGGAGUCUACAGGAGAGUAUAUCCCAGCCGUGGUUGACCAUACAGCAGGCUUGCCCUGCCAGGGGACAUUUUUGCUUCAUCAGGGCAUUCAGCGAAGGAUCACAGUGACCAUUAUCCAUGAGAAGGGGAGUGAGCUCCAUUGGAAAGAUGUUCGUGAACUGGUGGUAGGUCGUAUUAGGAAUAAGCCUGAGGUGGAUGAAGCUGCAGUUGAUGCCAUUCUUUCUCUAAAUAUUAUUUCUGCCAAGUACCUGAAGUCUUCCCACAACUCUAGCAGGCUCUUUCUUGAUAAGGAUAUUCCUAGGACCUUCUACCGCUUUGAGGCUGUGUGGGACAGCUCUCUGCAUAACUCCCUUCUUCUGAACCGAGUGACUCCCUAUGGAGAAAAGAUCUACAUGACCUUGUCGGCCUACCUAGAGCUGGAUCAUUGUAUCCAGCCAGCUGUCAUCACCAAGGAUGUGUGCAUGGUCUUCUAUUCCCGAGAUGCCAAGAUCUCACCACCCCGUUCUCUGCGUAGCCUCUUUGGCAGUGGCUACUCAAAGUCACCAGACUCGAAUCGAGUCACUGGCAUUUACGAACUCAGCUUAUGCAAAAUGGCAGACACAGGUAGUCCAGGCAUGCAGAGAAGGAGAAGAAAAGUCUUAGAUACAUCAGUGGCAUAUGUGCGGGGAGAAGAGAACUUAGCAGGCUGGCGGCCCCGUGGGGACAGCCUUAUCCUUGAGCACCAGUGGGAGCUGGAGAAGCUGGAGCUCCUACAUGAGGUGGAAAAAACCCGCCACUUCUUGCUGCUACGUGAGAGACUUGGUGACAGCAUCCCUAAAUCCCUGAGCGACUCGUUAUCCCCCAGCCUCAGCAGUGGAACCCUCAGCACCUCCACCAGCAUCUCCUCUCAGAUCUCAACCACCACCUUUGAAAGUGCCAUCACACCCAGUGAGAGCAGUGGCUAUGAUUCAGCAGACAUCGAAAGCCUGGUGGACCGAGAGAAAGAGCUGGCUACCAAGUGCCUGCAACUUCUCACCCACACUUUCAACAGAGAAUUCAGCCAGGUGCACAGUAGCAUCAGUGACUGUAAGUUGUCUGAUAUCUCUCCAAUUGGACGGGAUCCCUCUGAGUCCAGUUUCAGCAGUGCCACCCUUACCCCCUCCUCCACCUGCCCCUCUCUGGUAGACACUAGAAGCAACUCUCUGGAUCAGAAGACCCCAGAAGCCAAUUCACGGGCCUCUAGUCCCUGUCCAGAAUUUGAACAGUUUCAGAUUGUCCCAGCUGUGGAAACGCCCUAUUUGGCCCGAGCAGGAAAGAAUGAAUUUCUCAAUCUUGUUCCAGAUAUUGAAGAAAUUAGACCAGGCUCAGUGGUCUCUAAGAAAGGAUACCUGCAUUUCAAGGAGCCACUUUACAGUAACUGGGCUAAACAUUUCGUCAUCGUCCGUCGCCCUUAUGUCUUCAUCUAUAACAGUGACAAAGACCCUGUGGAGCGUGGAAUCAUUAACCUGUCCACAGCACAAGUGGAGUACAGCGAGGACCAGCAGGCCAUGGUGAAGACACCAAACACCUUUGCUGUCUGCACAAAGCACCGUGGGGUCCUUUUGCAAGCCCUCAAUGACAAAGACAUGAACGACUGGUUGUAUGCCUUCAACCCACUUCUCGCUGGCACAAUACGGUCAAAACUUUCCCGCAGAUGCCCGAGCCAGCCGAAAUACUGACUCUUCCGAGUGCCCUCACUCGCCUUCGAGAGAUAAAGAAAGCGUUACCUCUCAUUUCUCUUUGUGAUUCUUGAUGGUGACUCUUGUAUGUAAUCCUGUGGCUUAACUACUUUUUCCCUCCUUGUCCAGAACUUUUCUAGCUCUCCUGUUCCCCAUCUCCAUUGCUCUGUACUCUUAUUUUUCCCGUGCUGAGAAUCUUGUUAGUAGCAUGUGGCCUAACAAAAGGAAAAAAAUGUUUUUUAAAACACACACACAAACAUACAUAAAACCCUGAGGGGAUCUGCUGAAUCUCCAAAUUAUUGUGGGUGUACUUUGGCUUCCUUUUGUAUGAUAGGUCCCCAUCAUGACCACCUCUGAUGUCUGUGCUGCCGUCACCAGACACCUUUGUCUGUUUUUCAAGACAACAUAAUACUUUAUUUUUUUUCUCUAUUUGUGAUAUCACUUUAAUUUUUCUUGGGUGGCUUAGAGACUAAGGGAGGAGACAUCUGGCCUUUUUAGAACCUGAGAGG